GUCUUUAUCGACCAGGAGCAAAUAACGGAAAUGCCCGUUUUCAUAUAGAAGACCUGAUAUGUACAGUGACGGAGGCAGAGAAGAUGCUCUGCUUCGUUUGUGGCAAUUCAGGGGCCACCGUCAUCUGUGCAGAACGGGGAUGUGAGCGGAGAUUCCAUCUCCCCUGCGCCCCUGAGGGUCAAUGCAUCACCCAGUACACUGGAGCACUCAGGACAUUCUGCUGGGAGCACCGCCCGCAGCAGGCAGUGCAGGCAGCACCGGCACCAAACACGACCUGCGUCAUCUGUAUGGAGCCUGUAGAUGACAGCAGGUCGUACAGAACCAUGGUGUGCCCAGUCUGCCAGCACGCCUGGUUCCACCGGGCCUGCAUUCAGGAACAGGCACUAAACGCGGGGAUUUACUGCUUCCGGUGCCCCGUCUGCAGAGAAAGGGAAUCAUUUGUAGAAGAGAUGCUCACAAUGGGGAUCCGAAUCCCAAACAGAAAUCCAACAUGGGAGGCCAACAACGCCUAUGCAGCACUGACAGUUCGCAGCAGUCGCUGUGAUGCCAGCAUCUGCCUUUACCCCCAUGGCAGGGAGCAGUCAGGAGAGGGGCCCUGGGAGCUGCUCAUUUGCAGCUCCUGUGCUGGACAAGCGACACACCGGCGUUGUUCCCUCGUGAGUAACAGCACAACCAACUGGGAGUGCAACGUCUGUGCUGGAGAGGGCACCGGUAAGAUGCAAACAGCCGCGUGCUGCUGGGCUGGGGCCAGGCGAGGCCUGGCAGCGGCUGCUCAGAGCGGCCCUGCUCAAAUCCCUCCAGCCCGGGACAAACGGCUUCCAGAAGAGCUGACGGAAGCCCAUGCAGACAUCCAGGGCGGGCCCGGACUCGAAGCCGCUCGCCUCUCCAUCGUCGGGCUGCCGAGACCAACAGCCAGCCCCGAAGACACCGCGGGAGCCGGUCCAGGCGGCGAGGGCCAGCCCAGGGGCGGAGCCGCUCCCGGCUACCACGUCGGGCCCAGCACAUCACCAGCCGGCCCUAAUGAUGCCGUAGGAGCAGCCGUGUACAAGCUCCUCUUCCUAACCAUCGUCAUCUGA